CUCGUUUCUCUCGCGCUCUCUCUGGUCCUUUCUCUCUCUCGUCGCUGCCGGCGUUUCUGGAAGAUUCUGCUCGGUUCUGCGGAUCCAACCGAAUCUGCGCCCAUCCGAGCCGGAGCAGCGGCCCUGCGGCCCAACGCCUAACCCGAGAGAUUCCCGAGACCCUCCACUACAGCCUUUUAACCAGAUUAGGUCGAGAUGCCUGAAGCCGGCGCCGCGCCGAAGGGGAGCAGCGGGGGGAAGGCGAACGGAGGGGCGUAUGUGGACCGAGACAAGCCCGCGCAGAUCCGCUUCAGCAACAUCAGCGCCGGGAAAGCUGUCGCUGAUGCCAUCAGAACAAGUCUUGGCCCGAAGGGGAUGGACAAAAUGAUCCAGGAUGGGAAGGGAGAUGUCACCAUCACUAACGACGGAGCCACCAUUCUCAAACAGAUGCAGGUUCUGCACCCUGCAGCCAAAAUGCUGGUAGAGCUGUCCAAGGCUCAGGACAUUGAGGCUGGUGAUGGCACUACGUCUGUGGUGGUUAUUGCUGGAGCUCUUUUGGAUGCCUGUGCUAAGCUGCUACAGAAAGGCAUCCACCCGACCACCAUCUCUGAGUCGUUCCAGAAGGCAGUGGAUAAAGGUGUGGAGGUCCUUCAGUCCAUCAGUCGGCCUGUGGAGCUGAGUGACCGUGAGACUCUGCUGAACAGCGCCACCACAUCCCUGUGUUCAAAAGUGGUAUCGCAGUACUCCAGCCUGCUGGCUCCCAUGAGUGUGGACGCCGUGAUGAGGGUCAUCGACCCGGCCACUGCCACCAGCGUCGACCUCCGUGACAUCAACAUUGUCAAGAAGCUUGGAGGAACCAUAGAUGACUGUGAGCUGGUGGACGGCCUGGUUCUGACCCAGAGAGUGGUGAACUCUGGAGUCUCCCGCGUAGAGAAGGCCAAGAUCGGCCUCAUCCAGUUCUGCCUGUCCCCUCCAAAGACUGAUAUGGACAACCAGAUUGUGGUGUCGGACUACGCACAGAUGGACCGCGUGCUCCGGGAGGAGAGAGCUUACAUCCUCAACCUGGUUAAACAGAUUAAGAAGGCUGGCUGCAACGUCCUGCUUAUCCAGAAAUCCAUCCUGAGAGAUGCACUGAGCGAUCUGGCUCUUCACUUCCUGAAUAAGAUGAAGAUCAUGGUGGUGAAGGACAUUGAGAGGGAGGAGAUCGAGUUCAUCUGCAAGACUAUUGGCACCAAGCCCAUCGCCCACAUUGACCAGUUUACUCCGGAAAUGCUGGGUUCAGCCGAGCUGGUCGAGGAGGUCAGCCUGGACGGCUCAGGCAAGCUGGUGAAGAUCACAGGUUGUGCCAGUCCAGGUAAAACAGUGAGCAUUGUGGUGCGCGGCUCCAAUAAGCUGGUGAUCGAGGAGGCAGAGCGCUCCAUCCACGAUGCUCUCUGCGUGAUCCGCUGUCUCGUGAAGAAAAGGGCUCUGAUUGCAGGCGGUGGGGCUCCUGAGAUUGAGCUGGCGCUGCGGCUGGCGGAGUACGCCCGUACGCUGGGUGGUAUGGAAGCAUACUGUGUACGUGCCUACGCUGACGCUCUGGAGGUCAUCCCCUCCACGCUGGCCGAGAACGCCGGCCUCAGCCCCAUCUCCACUGUGACUGAACUCCGCAACAGGCACGCCCAGGGCGAGAAGACAGCCGGCAUCAAUGUCCGCAAGGGUGGAAUCUCUAACAUUUUGGAGGAGCUGGUGGUUCAGCCUCUGCUGGUCUCCAUCAGUGCUCUCACCCUCGCCACGGAAACGGUCCGCAGCAUCCUCAAGAUCGACGACGUUGUCAACACACGAUAAGAUGUGUUUGCACUGAAGGGAACCGGAGCACUCCUGCUGUGAAGCGCGCUGCCGAAGGAUGUGGGGACCUCACGAACACCUCGCCAAGACCAACUGUUCAAGAGCUGUCUGUAGAUGUUACGUUGCGUAAUUUAAUAAAGCCAUUUUUUUGUUGGACUCAUCA